AUGGAGCUGCGGCACGGGAGGAGGAUGCUGAGGGGCCAGGUCUCUGCUCUCCUCCUCCUCCUUGCCUUGGCCUGGCUUUGGCUGCCGGCGGGGUGUCGGCGGCCCCCCCGGCCACCCCCUUGCCCCCCGAGCUGCUCCUGCACCCGGGACACAGCCUUCUGCGUGGAUUCCAAGGCCGUGCCCAGGAACCUGCCCCCCGAGGUCAUCUCGCUGACAAUGGUGAACGCAGCCUUCACGGAGAUCCGAGAGGCAGCCUUCGCCCACAUCCCCUCGCUGCAGUUCCUCCUGCUCAACUCCAACAAGUUCACGCUGAUCGGGGACAACGCCUUCGCCGGCCUCUCACAUCUCCAGUACCUGUUCAUCGAGAACAAUGACAUCCAGGCGCUCUCAAAGGCCACUUUCCGUGGGCUCAAGUCCCUGACGCACCUGUCCCUGGCCAACAACAACCUGCAGACGCUGCCCCGGGACCUCUUCAAGCCACUGGACAUCCUGAGUGACCUGGACCUCCGGGGCAACACGCUGGCCUGCGACUGCAAGAUCAAGUGGCUGGUGGAGUGGCUGGAGAGCACCAACACCACAGUCCCUGCCACCUUCUGCAGCAGCCCUGGGCAGUUCGAGGGCCAGCGGAUCCGGGACCUGGCACUCGGUGACUUCCAAUGCAUCACCACGGACUUCGUGGUGCACCAGGUCCUGCCCUUCCAGUCGGUGUCGGCUGAGCCCUUCACCUACGCCAGCGACCUGUACGUCGCCCUGGCACAGCCCGGCGCCAGCAGCUGUGCCAUCCUCAAGUGGGACUAUGUGGAGCGCAAGCUGCGCGACUUCGACCGCAUCCCCGCUCACUCAGCGGUGCACUGCAAGCCCAUCGUGGCGCAGAACCAGCUGUACGUGGUGGUGGCCCAGCUCUUCGGUGGCUCCUACAUCUACCGCUGGGACACCGCCGUGGACAAGUUCAUCAAGAUCCAGGACAUCGACAGCCAGAAAACCCGCAAGCCCAACGACAUCGAGGCCUUCCAGAUCGAAGGCGACUGGUACUUUGUCAUCGCCGACAGCUCCAAGGCGGGCUCCACCAGCCUCUACCGCCUCAACCAGAACGGCUUCUACUCCCACCAAGCCCUCCACGCCUGGCACCGCGACACCGAUGUGGAAUACGUGGAGAACGACGGCAAACCCCGGCUGAUCAUCUCCAGCAGCUCCCAAGCCCCCGUCAUCUACCAGUGGAACCGGGCGCAGAAGCAAUUCGCGCCCCAGGGGGAGGUGGGGGAGAUGCUGGACGUGCAGAUGGUGAAGCACUUCAGGGUGAAGCGGGACCAAUUCCUCUGCCUCAGCCGCUACAUCGGCGACUCCAAGGUGGUGCGAUGGGAAGGGCAGCGCUUCGUCGAGCUGCAGACGCUGCCGUCCCGCGGCUCCAUGGUGAUGCAGCCCUUCUCGGUGGAGCAACGGCAGUACCUGGCCCUGGGCAGUGACUUCUCCUUCACCCACGUCUACCUGUGGGAAGAGGAGAAGCAGAAAUUCGUCAAGUUUCAGGAGCUGUCGGUGCAGGCGCCGCGGGCUUUCCGCUACGUGCCGGCUGCCGACGUGCAGCUCCUCUUGGCUCCCAGCUUCAAGGCCAACACGCUGGUCUACCGGCACGUGGUGGUGGACCUCAGCCUCUAG